AUGUCUCGACGGGCACCGAACCCCGCCGCCGAUCGAGCGGCGCAGAACCAGGCCACCAUCAAGAGCCUCCUGAGGUUGGAGCCUAACAAAGUGUGUGCAGAUUGCAAGAGGAACAAACAUCCCAGAUGGGCCAGUUGGAACCUCGGCGUCUUCGUCUGCAUCCGAUGCUCUGGCAUUCAUCGUGGCAUGGGAACACACAUCAGCAGAGUCAAAUCUGUUGAUCUGGACUCCUGGACCGACGAACAAAUGCAGAGCAUAUUGAGCUGGGGAAAUGCGCGCGCCAACAAAUACUGGGAAGCCAAGCUUGCCGCUGGUCACGCCCCUUCCGAAGCCAAGAUCGAGAACUUUAUUCGAACCAAGUAUGAGCUGAAGCGCUGGGUCAUGGACGGUCCGAUGCCCGAUCCUGCUAGCUUGGAUGUUGACGGCGACGAUGAUGUUCCAUUGAGUUUGGUCAAAGAAAAGCAAGUUAUUGAACGAAAGGAGUCUAUUAGAAAGGCGUCGAUUGGACAGUCUCAGGCACCGCGCAAAAUUGCAACGCCAGAAGUUGACUUGAUUGGUGGUGACGAUCCAGUUUCUUCUCGAUCGAGUACCUCUGGUCCUCCGGCUGCGAAGGUGCCACCUAAGGCCGAACCUGCGGCUCCUAAAACAACAAGCACCCGAGAUUCAUUGCUUGGCCUAGACUUCCUGGGAGGCUCAACUGCUCCUCCUCGCCCUGCUAGCACCCCAGGGGUUACUUCACCGGGAGCUCAGUCACGGCCCGACCUCAAACAGUCUAUUCUCUCUCUCUAUGCUUCCGCGCCGAAGUCACAGCCUCAACAACAAACUCAGCAACAAGCGUUUGGGGGCAUGGGCCACCAACAGCAGGGCUCCAUGGGAGGUUUCCACGACUCCUUUGGGGGUCUAAAUCUAUCUAGCUCUACAGGCCCAAAACCUGCUGCUGUUGAUCCUUUUGCGAAUCUUGCAGGCGCAUCCUCAAGCAAUAGGGCUACACCGCAGGCUUCUAACACGAGUGCGUUCGGCGGUCUCAGUGGUGGCGGCUUUUUUGACUCGAAGCCCGCUCAACAGCAGCCUAUUUCGCACCAGCAAAAGCCUUCAAACUCAGGAUUCGGAGGAUUCUCAUCCUUUUCCUCUCCUCCUCCCACGCAGACAGCUACGGCGCCGGCGCCGAAGCCCUCAUCUUCCGCCAUGGGCGAUCUGUUUGACUUGUCUGCGCCAGUUACGCAGAGCUCCCCCCCGCCACCUCAGGUUACGUCGCCAUCAGCGACGACCAACUCCGUUUUCAACCUGUCUUCACCUCAAACUAAACCUGCCGCACCUGCUGCUGCAAAUACCUCGUCAGCAUUCGGGUCCUCUGGCUUAUCUGGUGUUGAUGCCUGGGGUAGCAACGAGUGGAAUGCACCGGCUCCCGCAGCAGCAGCAGCACCACCACCACCAAUGGCGCCGGUAUCUAAGAGUCCCCCGCAGCCCAAAGCCCCGGCAGCCGAUUUCGGAUGGGGAAAUACCAGUUCCUCCUUUGCCAACACACCAAUUGUACCCGGUGCCGGUGGAGGCUUCAACCCUGCACCCAAGGUGACUGCUGAUGAAGAGUUCGGGGGAUGGGCCAGCAGUACCGGCGCAGCAAACGGCGGAAAGCCUGCUGUGCCAAAGUCAGGAUUCGGCGGCGACGAUGAUCUAUUCAGCAACGUCUGGCAGUAG